AUGACAGCAUCUCAGCAGAGUCAACGUCGAGAACGCCGGGUGGCUCAUGGUGCUUCUUCGAUUCCAACGAUAUUGAAUGCACCCAAGGGCAUUCAACAGCAAUCUGGAAUCGAAGAACCUGAAUUUGAGCAGGCGAGGCACGUUAGGGCGGGCAAACAACUGGCGGGAACUUCCGUGCCUCCUAAAUGUGCUGUGCUUUUCGACAAUCUAAGACGUGCGCACUGGAGCUACUUCGGCAUUCCGUCUGAUAUUAAACCCGGGUUUGAUAUCCGUCAGAUGCAUAUCGAGGCUGUCGAGCCAGACGCUGUUUAUGAGGUGCUAAGGCCUCGUCUCGGGCUUCUAUUUUUGUACCGAGAUUUCGUUGAGGCCGUAGAGCAAGCAACAGCGAGCGGUAUGACUGAGCAGGCAGCCGAAAUCUUCGCCUCACGAAAGCUGAUGCUGGAUUUGGGGAAGACCAUCCCAGAAGAAACAGAUGUUGACAAGUUUGUGAAGGGGUUCGACUUCAGAAUCAAAGUCGCGAAAAGAAUCGCAAGCCUCGUUGAGGCGAUUGGCGUUAUAGAGGUUCUCCUCAUUUCUAUCGAUGAAGACGAGAUUAGUUUACCACAGGAUAUUCCAGCUCUGACUUUCAUUGAAUUGGACGAUGAGGAAUGGAUAUCCCUGCUCUCUCGGCUUCUUAAUCCAUAUUUGCAGCUAAAGGAAACAUGCCUUAAGCUUUCUGGGGUUGUUCGUAUGAUACAACAGCUUGAUGGGAUGGGAGAGUCUGCACUCAGGCCUUUCCUGGCUCAAGAGAUCCGACGACGGGUGGAGGAUGUCUUUGGAGAAAGCAAUCAGAGUGAUGACGAUGACAAUAGCAUGGCAGAUGUUGAGACCGAUAUCUUUUAG